UGCUCUAGGUUUGUCUCUCUCUGAUAGGAAAUGCAUACUGUUACAAAUCUCAUGCUUAGGCAUGUAUCACCUAAUGUUGGUCAUUUAAAAUGUCCUUUAACUUUUCUAAACUUAGUUAACAAUCUAUUUUAAUUGAGCAAUAUGCAUUCACACUCACUUUAUUUGCAUUUCUCUUCUCUUUCAAUUAUAUUACUCAUCACAUCUGCUAUUUUUUCUCACUUUUCUUCAUAUCUCCUCUCCACUCCUUCUCCACUUAUUUGAGGUGUCAAUGAAACUUAAUUGCUUUUUUUUUACUCGCUAACCAUCUCUUAAAUUCAAUACGUGAUGUUGAUUCAGAAUUCAAAGGCAGUGAGUGUUGAGAAGAUACAUGAAGAGGAUUUCAAAUAUGUUCAUUUCAGUGGCAACUAAAUGGUGAAUUUGCUUCAUUUAGAUUUCAGUGAUUCAUGGAAUUCAAUUCAGAAUGAGAGAAACAAGAAGCCAUGAUAAAUCUCACUGAUGGGAUCCUUUGAAAUGGAUAAAAAGUUGCUAUCACCUCUCAUUUUGAUCUCUGUGUUCAUAUUCUUUCUUUACACAUACUUUGAUAUUCUUUCUUUUUAUCAAAUCUUCAGUUCAAUGUUCUUCUUUCUUCCAUCUCAAUUGUCCAGAAACCAAACUGCUCCACUUUUUGUUGAGACAAAGAUUUCUCCUUCUACAUCUCUUGUAGGGUCUGCAAUUCCUCGUUUUGCUUAUUUGAUUUCGGGAUCAAAAGGCGAUACGGAGAAGCUUUGGAGAACUCUCCUUGCCCUUUAUCACCCACUAAACCAUUACAUUGUUCAUUUGGACCUUGAGUCACCUCUACAAGAAAGGUUGGAACUUGCUUCUCGAAUUGGGAAAGAGCCUGUUUUCAAUGAGGUUGGGAAUGUUUUGAUGAUUCAGAAAGGUAACAUGGUCACUUACAGAGGACCAACAAUGGUUGCUAAUACUCUGCAUGCUUGUGCUAUCAUGCUCAACAGAAGUAAAGACUGGGAUUGGUUUAUAAACCUUAGUGCUUCAGAUUACCCUCUUGUGACUCAGGAUGAUCUGCUGUAUACAUUUUCUGAUUUAGAUAGAACCCUUAACUUCGUUGAUCACACAAGUCAUUUAGGAUGGAAAUUGGAAAAACGAGCAAUGCCUUUAAUUAUAGACCCAGGGCUUUACAUGUCAACCAAGUCUGAUGUCAUUUGGGUUGGUCCUAAGAGAACUUUUCCAACAGCAUUUAAACUAUUUACUGGGUCAGCAUGGAUGGUUUUAUCACGAGCAUUUGUAGAAUAUGUUGUGUGGGGUUGGGACAAUCUACCAAGGACCCUUCUCAUGUACUACACCAAUUUCAUCUCCUCCCCUGAAGGCUACUUCCAAAGUGUUGUAUGCAAUGUGCCUGAACUCAGAAAAACUGUUGUCAACAGUGACUUGCACUACAUUUCUUGGGACAAUCCUCCAAAACAACACCCUCAUAUCCUCAACAUUAACGACACUGACAAAAUGGUUGCAAGCAAUGCUGCAUUUGCAAGGAAAUUCAAGCAAGAUGAUCCAGUCUUGGAUGUGAUUGAUCAGAAAUUGCUAAAUCGGGUUAAGGGAUUAUUCACUCCUGGUGGUUGGUGUUCUGGGAAACCUAAGUGUUCUAAGGUUGGGAACAUUUACAGCAUUAGACCUGGUCCAGGAUCUCAAAGGCUUCGUAUGCUUGUAGCUAAAUUAACUUCGAAGGCUAGGUAUGGACAGAAUCAAUGUGAAUAGAUCUUAUUGGGAAUUUUCUUUGUUAGAGUUGGAAGAUUCAGAGACAGAUGAAAGGUUAUUUUAGUGGUUAAAUUUGUUAAUGUCACUCCUGCAUCCAUCCAGCACCUUAUUUAUAAUAUGCAAGGCAAAUCAAUUCUAUAUAUGACCUUAGCCAAAGUUGCCGCUUGGAACCA